GCCUGGCUGCGCGCGAGAGCCGGGGGUCAGGGCCGGGCUUGGGGUGAACCGGCGGGGACCGGGAUGGGAACCAGACAGGCGCCGCCGGGGAGACUGUGUCACUGCGUCUAUCUAUGUGAGAGGCUGCGGGUGUGACAGCGUGUGAGCUUCUGUGUCACCGUGUGUACGCGCGAUUGUGACCGUCUGUCUCCGGUGUAAAACUCUUUUGAGUACAUGUGUAUUUGGGUGUGACUGUCUCCGCAGGUAUAACUGUGUUAUGGUGUGUGGGUUUGUGAGAGACUGCGGGUGUGACAUUACCUGUGUGUGAUUUUGUUUGACCACUUGUCUCUGGAUAUAACGGCGUUUGAAUGUGUGUGACAGAAAGUGUGAUUAUGUGCCCAUGACCAUCUCUCCAGGUAUCAUUUUGUAUGAGUAAUCGUGACAGGAUAUGUGAUCUUGUGUGGUAUGUCACUGUGUAUGAAAUUGUGUGUGACUGUGUCUGUUAGAGUAAUUGUGUAUCGUCAUCUCUACUUUUGUUUUAAUGCCACUGUCUUUGUAUGUGACAUUACAGUUGCGAUUGUGUGUCCAUAUAUAUGUGUGUGAUUGGGUGUGAAUUUGUAUGCGUAUGUGAGACCUAGUGUGUGGUUGUGAGGCACAGAAAGAUCAACAUUACUCACCCACAUUCACAGUUACUGAGUGACAGAACUGGGACUUAAGCCCAGGCUAUUUGGCUCCAGAGAUCCUUGCUUUUAAUUACUAAACUCUCUUGAUUUUUCCCACGUUGUGAGAGUGAAAAAUGGGGGCCCUGGGUUCUAAGGGUAUUGGAGAGGAUUGUCCGUGGUCUUGGACUGGGAACCUUCUGGACAUGGAAUUUAAUCUGGGUCUCUUCCUUUGGUCCCCUUGUGAGUCACAGAACCCAGUCUAAACACCCUGUAGUGAGACCAUCCUCAUAUUGGCCGCCUUGGGAGGAGGAAAGCCUAACCUGAAAGCCCAGUAUUCCUCUCCUUAGGCCGCGGAGUUUGAGAUUUUAGGUUUGUUUUUGUUAAAACUCUUCAUGCUUGGUGCAGAGAGAGGCUGAUCCAUGCCAAGUGAGCUAAGUUUUUGGUUCUGACUUUUCCAGUUAAUUUUAAAAAAAACUUCUUAUUUUCUUUUCAAAUGUUGUGUAGAAUUAACUGGGAACAAGGGUGGCACUUCUCUGGGCCAGGAGUUGGCUCAAGCAAUCCUGACAGUGAGGAAAGAAAGAUUCUGACAGUUGGAUUGAUUUGCCCAAGGUCAUGUAGCCCAUGAGGGAAGCAUGGAGGGUCAGUGUGCAUCUGGGGGAGGGAGGCAAUAUAAAGCCCAAGUCUUUUCCAUCACCUUCCUUCAGAGAUUGAUGGUUCAUCUCAAACUUGAAAAUUAUCACUCAAGUGAUACACAGCUAUUUAAAACAGAAAUUUAAAAGAUAUUUCUGUUAUGUAGAAGCUACUUGGGGUUCCCAGAUGCUGAGAAGACUUCAUUGAUUCUCUUCUGGGGUUGCAAAGGCUUUUAUGGACGGUUUCAAGCUGCGUUGCACUGACGAAAUAAUUUUCUUAGAGAUUAAGCUGGCUAGUGCAGAGUAGCCCAGAAUUAGGGGGUUGUAUAUCUUAAAUUCUAGAUCAAAUACAACUAUCCUUCUUUUCAGAAUGAAGAAAUGUUGGCUGUAAGAAAGCAAGGAACUUAUUUCAGGCUGUGCAGUUUAUUGUUGGUUUGGUAUUGAAAUUUGGCAAUGUUUGCCUCAGGCUGAAUUUCUGUGGAGUAAUAAAGGUGACACGUGCCACUUCCAAAGAUGCUUCUCUAAAAAAUACAUAGCAUUGAAUCCUCAGGUUAUGUUGACUAUUGCCCAUGUGGACAUUGUGGUCUCUUAAAAAGAGGACAAGUUUUUGAGUCACACUGCAGUUUGACUCUUACGGCUUUGAGUUAGCUGAUUAAGCUUUUUGAACCUCAGUUUCACUUGUUGGUAAAUGUAGAUAAUAAUACCUACCUUGGCAGUUUUGUGAAGAUUAAGUAAGACAAUGACAUAUACAACAUGUGUAGCAUUGCUGUUUAUAUGAGAGGAGCCACAGUGAGAUUUAUUUAUUUGUUUAUCAAAUAUGUUUUGAGCAUCUGCAAUGGUUCUGGCAUUAUUCUAGCACUAGAGAUACACCAGUGAACCCAACAAGUCCUAGCUCUCUUAAAUCUUAUACUAUUCUUUGGGAAGACAACAGUAAACAGAAAAGAGAAGUUACAUCUCCAGUGGUGUUAAAUGCUAAGAAGAGAAGUAAAUCAAGAUAAGGAAAAAUAGUAACUGAAAGGGAGGUUCUCUUUAGACAGAAUAGGGAGGUCGCUCCAGCAGUUGAGUACAGAUAGGAAUGAAGAGCAGGAGUGUGCCGUGUGCAGGCAGAAGGCAAAGUCAAGGCAAUGGUCUUCAAAAAGGAGUAUGCGCAGUGUUUGAGGAACUGUACGGAGAUCUGUGUGCCUGGAGUAGGGUGAGUAAGUGGGAGAGGAGUGGGAAAUGAGGUCUAAGGGGCAGCUGGGGCUAGAUCAUACAUUGUCUUGUCGGGCAUAGGGUGGACUUUAGAUUUUGUUGAGUCAGGCUGUGUGUCCUUAAGAUCAGUCAGGACUUCAGGGGUUAAGUUCAGCUUUGGCCUUUUUUCCUCAGAUCUGGAAGUGGAUAUGGUUGGUCCGUGUAAGGAGACUUGGGACCAUAACGGGGCAAAAAACUCUUGUCAGUCUCAGAUCAGCACCAUGGGGCUGGCCUGCCAUUUUCCUCUUCUUUAACUCUCCCUUCUCAGGACUCUGUUCUCCAGAAGAGAAAAUUGAAGAAGGAAGGAAGAAUGGCUGUUGGACUGUGUAAAGUCAUGUCCCAGGGUUUGGUGACCUUCAAGGAUGUGGCUCUAGAUUUUUCCCAAGAGGAAUGGGAAUGGCUGGACUCUUCUCAGAAGGAUUUAUACAGAGAUGUCAUGUUGGAAAACUACAGGAACUUGGGCUCUCCAUUUCUAAGCCCAACAUGAUCUCCUUAUUGGAGCAAGGGAAGGAACCUUGGUUGGUGGAGCGAGAGAUGUCAGAUGGUCAGUAUGCUGACUGGGAGUCUUGGUAUGAAAUCAAGGCAUUAUCUCCAAAGUGGUACAUUGAUGAAGAGGAAAUAUCCCAGGGGAUGAUAAUGGAAAGACUGACAAGUUACGGCCUUGGACGCUCGUGUUUCAGAGGAGCCUGGAAACGUGAGGGUGAAUUUGAGCUGCAUCAAGGAAAUCAGGAGAGGCAUUUCAGGCAAGCGACAACUCUUAAGGAAAUCUCUGCUGGGAAAAGAGACAAUGAAUAUAAUAAUUCUGAGAGAGACGUUCUCUUGAAGUCAGUGCUUUUAACACAACAGAGAGUUCCCACAGUAGAGCAAGUACAUAAAUUUGAUAUUUAUGACAAAAUGUUCCCCCAAAAUUCAGUCCUAAUUGAGCAUAAAAGACUGCAUGCUGAGGAGGAAUCUUUGAUAGCUGAUGGAUGUAAAGAACUCAACCAGAGUACAAACCUCAGUAAAGAGGCAGAAAUUCCUCCUGGGGAGAAACCUUACGAAAGUAAUGAUUUUUCAGAUCUCUUAAGUUUCCACUCAUUACUUACUCAGCAUCAGACAACUCAUUUUGUUAAAUUACCCCGUGGAUAUGAUGGAUGUGGUGAUGCCUUUAGGUGUUACUCAUUCUUUACUCAACCUCAGAGAAUUCACAGCGGAGAGAAACCAUACACAUGCAAUGACUGUGGAAAAGCCUUUAGCCAUGACUUCUUUCUCAGUGAACAUCAGAGAACUCAUAUCGGGGAGAAACCAUAUGAGUGUAAGGAAUGUAACAAAGCUUUCAGACAGAGUGCACACCUUGCUCAACAUCAAAGAAUCCACACUGGAGAGAAACCCUUUGCAUGCAAUGAGUGUGGGAAGGCAUUCAGCCGUUACGCCUUCCUUGUUGAACAUCAGAGAAUUCACACAGGAGAGAAACCAUACGAAUGUAAAGAAUGUAACAAAGCCUUCAGACAGAGUGCACACCUUAACCAACAUCAGAGAAUCCACACUGGAGAGAAACCCUAUGAAUGUAAUCAGUGUGGAAAAGCCUUCAGCAGACGCAUAGCCCUUACUCUGCAUCAGAGAAUUCAUACAGGAGAGAAACCCUUUAAAUGUACUGAAUGCGGGAAGACCUUUGGAUAUCGCUCCCACCUUAAUCAACAUCAGAGAAUUCACACCGGCGAAAAGCCCUAUGAGUGCAUCAAGUGUGGGAAGUUUUUUAGGACUGACUCACAACUUAAUCGACAUCACAGAAUUCAUACUGGAGAGAGACCCUUUGAAUGCAGUAAAUGUGGGAAAGCCUUCAGUGAUGCUUUAGUUCUAAUUCAUCAUAAGAGAAGUCAUGCAGGAGAGAAACCCUAUGAAUGUAACAAAUGUGGGAAGGCCUUCAGUUGUGGCUCAUACCUUAGUCAACAUCAGAGAAUUCAUACUGGAGAGAAACCGUAUGAAUGUAAUGAAUGUGGGAAGGCUUUCCAUCAGGUCUUGUCCCUUCGGCUGCACCAGAGAAUUCAUGCUGGAGAAAAGCUCUAUAACUGUAAUGCAUGUGGGAACAACUUUAACUGUGCUUCAGCCCUUAGACGACAUCAGAAAAUUCAUAGUAGAGAAACUGACUGUGUGUAACAAGUGUAAGAAAGCACUUGGUCACCACUCAGUCCUUAUUAAAUCAAUAUCAGCGAAUUCUUCAGCUAGUAAUUCUAUGAAUGUAGUACAUGUGGAAAAGCCUUCAGUUCAUGAGCAUCCCUCAUUUGAAACAGCCUGAAUAGUAGACGUCCUUUACUUUGGGAUCUGUUCUACGCACCAUUUGAGACUUACCUCACCCUCAAUGCACGUCAUUCCGGUGAAGCUGUUUAAUCAGGGAGAGCUGUGGAUUGGUCAGAGGCUGGCCAAUUAUUUUCCUCAACCUAAUGAUGGAUAGGGAUUUAGAAAUGGCCCUGUCUAGACUAAAGAGCCCUAGGUGGGCAUUGUUAUGGGUUGUAAGAGAAGAUCAUUUCCCCACUCCUGGCAUUGGAAGUUUUAAGGAUUUAGUAAGGCUAAAAUCUCACCAGUAACCUUUUUGCCACCACGUGAAGGAAGUCUUCCCAAGAUAAAUCCAACAACAUAAAGGGAAAAAUGGAGAUAAGAGACCGAAAUCUGAGGAUAUUGUUUGAUCUUCUGGAUCCAGUCAUGCCUGAAGUCUACACCAUCUUUUAAUUUUUCAUUUUUGUGAUCCAAUAAAUUUCCUUUUUUUGCUUGUUAAUUUAAUUUGGGUCUUUGCCUCUUGGAAUCAGAGUCCUCAUUUCUACACCCCAUGUUUGCUAUGCAUGUGAGAAAGCCUUAAUCUUUUAUAUGGUGUAAUUAUUUAUCCAAAGCAGAAACCUUAUAAAAAGUUAUGAAAUUACAUACACAGCCUUCAUAAAG